AUCUUGCUGUCAUCUACACUUAUUAUUGAAGCUUAGCCCUUAGUAUUUAUCUGCUAAGAUGCAAAAAAUAACUGAAUUCAAACAAUCUGCAAAGAUUACCCACUCAUUGAAUGUACUUACAUCAUUCAAUGAACUAAAACAAUCCAACUGCAUUUGUAACUUCACAAUCAAAGUUGGUGACAAAUCCUUUAACGUUCAUCGAGAUCUGCUUGGCGCAGUAUCAAAGUACUUCAAAGGCAUGUUUUCAAGUAACAUGGUUGAGGCUCGGAAUGGUUUUGUCAUUAUGAAAGACAUCUGUGCUGAUGCUGUAGGGCAGUGUGUCGAUUUCAUGUAUACUGGUGAAGCAAAUCCUACUAUGGAAUCUGUUGAAAAUACCUUAUAUGCUUCCCACUUAAUGCAGCUUGAUGUAUUAUCAAGUAUAUGCUUCAAUUUCAUGGAAAAUAAUUUGUCAGUGCAGCAUUGCCUUCCAGUGGUCAGGUUGGCAAGACUUUAUGAUUGUACAGAGCUAGAAACCAUUGCUGAACAAUUCAUUGUGGAUAAUUUUGAGUCUCUGAUUUUGGGUGAAGAUUUUCUACAUCUGAGCAAAGAAGAACUCAUAUUUUAUCUGCAAAAGUUGGAAAAAAAUCAUGAAGUAGUUUGGCAUGCUGUAAGAAGAUGGAUUUCAAACAAAGAUGAAAAAUUUGGAUCAGAAUUAAUGGCGACAUUGCAUUUUGGAGAGUUUCCUUAUAAGUUUUUGCUCACUGAUCUUCUAAAUGAUUCUUUGGUAGAAAGUUCUUCAGAUGCAAAAAGUUUUGUCAUCAAAAAAUUACUUUCAAAUGUUGAUGGGUUGAAAGAGAAUUUGUCCCUCGACACUUUAUUCAUUUUGAGGAAGAUUAGUCGGAUCGAAAACAAUGUUUGCCCAGAGAGUGUCAGAAAAAUAUUCAAAGAAUUCAUGGCUCAGAAUUUUGAACAGAUUGUACCGAUGGAUGAAUUCAUCAAGUUGGAAAGAGAUGAAAUUUUUUUCUUGUUCAAAUCUAAGGAAACAAAAUAUUCUUCAGAGAAAAUUAAAUGGGAAGCUGCAUUGAAAUGGACCGAACAAAGUCAUUGGCAUCAGAAAGUUUUUCCAGACUUGUUCGAGUUGAUAAAACUUCAAGAUUUUUCUGAUGAUUUUAUUCGACAAGCAGUCAGAAAUGAACCUUUGGUUAAAGAGUCGCAUAAGUGUAAAGAUAUAUUGCUUGAUAUUCUCCAAGCCAAAGUUCAAGCUGGUAAACUUGUCCCACAUCUUGUGGCCUCAACAACGACUGGCAUAAAGGCUCUGAAUUCCCAAAGAAAUCAAUGGUCUAGUUGGCGGUCGGAAUAUGUUGCCACGCCAACCUUUUCCGGGUGCGGUGCCGCCUACCAACAGACUAAUGCACCAGCGGCUAAACUUUCAACAUUUGCCCCGAUUGCCCCAGCUGCAAGAUUUCAGUUCGUCAACUCUUCAUCCAAUCAAAGCAAUGGCAAGUUACAGUUUGGAACCGGAUCUAACCAGUCGAAACCAGUGCAGCCUGCAGAGAACAAAUCAGGGAUUUUUGGUAAAAAAAAUCCAGCAAGCAAUAACACACAACAGAAACAAUCAACUGGAUUUAGUUUUGGAGCUUCUGCACCACCGCCUUUCAAUUUGUCGGGUGCUCAACCGGCUACACCUCACAUCGCUUUCAACAGAAGCACGACAAAUACCGCACCUCCUUCUGCCACUCCCGAACGGAUUAUUUACCUUUCAACAGUCAGAAAUGAACCUUUAGUUAAAGAGUCGCAUAAAUGUAAAGAUUUAUUGCUUGAUAUUCAUUAUCCCAGAGCUCAGAUGGGAAUACUUGUCCCACAUAUUGCUGUCUCGACAAGAACAGGUAUAAAGACUCUGAAUCUCCAAACAAAUCAAUGGUCUAGUUUGCUGUCAGAUGAUGAUGUUGACAUUCAUCUUGUCAAUGCUGAGGGACGAUUGUAUGCUUCAGAUGGGAAUGAAUUAUCUUCGCUGCAGGAUGGGCAAUGGAUUAGGAAGACCAAGGUUAAAAGAAUGAAAGUAAACGAUCAUACAGUUUAUCUCAAGGGUGGGAUUUAUAUUAUCGGCUUUGAUCAGCAUACAGUGCGUUAUGACAUUGCCAAAGACAAAUGGAAUACGAAUUUGCCCCCAUGUCUCCUUGAUUAUGGUUUUUGUGCUUCUGCCUCUGGUGGGUUCAUAUAUGCAAUGGGAGGUCAUUCAACACUUAGAGAAGCAAUAGUAUACGAUCCUGAAACAAAGGAAUGGUCUUUCCUGCCUCAGAUGAUUUAUGGAACACAGAAUGGUGCAGCAGUCGUUUUUCAAAGCAAGGUUUACGUACUUGGUGUCGGAGGAGUCGAAGGUGUUUCUGGACUGCUUCCUUCCAACUUUGUUCAAUGUUAUAACCCUGUUGUUUGCUCAUGGACAGAAAUUGCAAUAAUGAAGAUGAAGAGAGAAUGUUUCAGUGCAUGUGUUGUUGAUAAUAAAAUGUAUGCAGUCGGUGGUGCUAAAGGUGAAGGUCUGAAUAAGGAUUCUAUUGAAACAUUCAAUGAAGAAACUGGUGAAUGGGAAAUAGUCUGUGAAAUGGAUCGACCUGCUGGAAUGGGUUUAUUGCUGUAG